CACCAAAAUUUCUCAAUCGGGUAGAUUUUGCUCAACAAUUUCUUCAUCUGAGACGAUCAAUUUUAGACAUCGUAUAAGCUUCUGUGGUCAUAACAUUCAUCCAGUACGUCCUUGAACACGAUGUAAGCCUAGUAACGAGUUCUUGAACACAAGGUGUCUUCAGUUCUCUCAGGUCAACAAGACAGAUGUGAUCUAAGUGAUCUGUUUAUAUGACGUUCCUCAUAAAUGUUUGGUCCAAGAAAUCAAACCAAAGAAACUUUGAAUAUAUACUAUAUUUCUUUGAAAUAUAAGAAUGUAAUAAAAUAAGCUCUUUGGAAGAAGAAUAUACUAAACUUGGUCAAUUUGUUGAUUUCUUAAUUCGUAAACCGACGAUGUCUACAGCAAAGUCGUGAAAUGGUUGUCAUUUUAGAAAAGCUACUUGACUUUAAUGCAUACAGUAAUUUGUAAACUGUUGCAGUCUUCUCUAAGUGGUUGGGAGCCAUUAUUGUAAUACUUUAAGUUGCGUUGUCCCUUAUAUUUACUUUCUUGCAAAAGAAGCUCCACAAGCUUUUAUUCCAAAAAAAAAAAAGAGAGAGAGAGAGAAGAAGAAGUAAAAGCAUGAGACUGUUUCUCUUACUUUCUUUCAGUGCUCUCAUGUUAUUUAAAGCAUAUGGUAUUACUGAUGAAACUGAUAGGCAAGCUUUGUUGGAGAUAAAGUCUCAAGUUUCUGAAGAGAAAAGAGUUGUCUUGUCCUCAUGGAAUCACUCAUUCCCGCUUUGCAACUGGAUUGGGGUUACAUGUGGCCGCAAACACAAGAGAGUUACUAGUUUGGACCUACGAGGAUUGCAAUUGGGCGGAGUAAUAUCACCAUCUAUUGGUAAUCUUUCGUUUCUCAUAUCGCUUAAUCUCUCUGGUAACUCUUUUGGUGGUACCAUUCCUCAAGAGGUGGGAAAUUUGUUUAGACUUGAAUACUUGGAUAUGAGCUUAAAUUUUCUGGGAGGAGGGAUUCCAACGAGUUUGUCUAACUGCUCUAGAUUGUUGUACCUUUAUUUAUUUUCAAAUCACCUUGGAGGAAGUGUUCCUUCAGAAUUAGGGUCAUUGACGAAGCUUGUUAGCUUAAAUUUUGGUCGAAACAACCUACAAGGAACACUCCCCGCAACUCUAGGAAACAUGACAUCCCUUGUAUAUUUUAACUUGGGAAUUAACAAUAUAGAAGGAGGAAUUCCAGAUGGUUUUGCUAGAAUGACUCAGUUGGUGGGUAUUGAAUUAUCAGGGAACAAUUUCUCAGGUGUUUUUCCUCCUGCUAUCUACAACGUGUCCUCACUUGAGCUUUUAUACAUCUUUAGUAAUGGUUUUUGGGGUAAUUUGAGGCCUGAUUUUGGUAAUUUGCUACCAAACCUUAAAGCACUAACUAUAGGAGAUAAUUAUUUCACUGGAACCAUUCCAACAACACUUCCCAAUAUCUCGAAUCUUCAAGAUUUUGGAAUAGAGGCUAAUAAAUUUACGGGAAGUAUUCCUUCGAGCUUUGGAAAGCUACGAAAUUUGCAAUACUUGUCUCUUCUUGGUAAUACUUUGGGAAGUCACUCUUCUGGAGACCUUGAGUUUAUUGGUGCUUUGACUAAUUUCACCCGACUACAAGUGUUAGAUGUUGGUGACAAUAGGUUUGGCGGUGACUUGCCUACCUCCAUUGCCAAUCUGUCCACAAACCUCAUCUAUUUAAGCUUUCAAAAAAAUCGCAUCUCUGGAAACAUUCCCCAUGACAUUGGGAAUCUCAUAAGCCUUCAAUCACUUGGGUUGAACGAGAAUUUGUUGACAGGACCACUCCCAACCUCUCUUGGUAAGCUUUUAGGAUUGGGGGAACUAAGUGUUCAUUCAAAUAGAAUGUCGGGAGAGAUACCAUCUUCUAUAGGCAACAUCACUAUGUUACAAAGACUUUAUUUGAACAACAAUAGUUUUGAAGGAACUGUUCCUCCGAGUCUCGGUAAUUCUAGGCAGCUGCUAGAUUUACGGAUGGGAUAUAAUAAGUUGAAUGGGACUAUACCUAAAGAAAUCAUGCAAAUCUCAACCCUUGUUAACCUAGGAUUGUCAGCUAAUUCAUUGACCGGCUCUCUGCCAAAUAAUGUUGAAAGAUUACAAAAUCUUGUUGUGUUAUCACUUGGUAAUAACAAAUUGUUCGGACGACUCCCAAAAACCUUGGGAAAAUGUAUCUCGUUGGAACAACUUUAUCUGCAAGGAAAUUCUUUUGACGGAGAUAUUCCAGAUAUAAGAGGGUUAAUGGGUGUUAAAAGAGUUGAUUUCUCAAACAAUAAUCUCUCUGGAAGUAUACCUAGAUAUCUUGCAAACUUUUCCAAGCUGCAGUAUCUCAAUCUAUCUUUUAACAAUUUUGAGGGGAAAAUGCCAACAGAAGGAAUAUAUAAGAAUAUGACUAUUGUCUCAGUAUUUGGAAACAAAGAUCUAUGUGGAGGCAUCAGGGAGUUGCAACUAAAGCCAUGCCUCGUGGAAGCACCACCGAUGGAGAGAAAACAUUCCUCUCAUUUGAAGAGAGUUGUGAUCGGUGUCACCGUAGGCAUAGCUUUGCUUUUGAUAUUGCUCAUAGCUUCAUUUGCUAUAUGGUUCAGAAAAAGAAAGAAUAAUCAGCAGACUAAUAAUCAAACUCCUUCCACUUUGGGUGCCUUCCAUGAAAAGAUAAGCUAUGGAGAUCUCCGAAACGCGACAGAUGGCUUCUCUUCGAGCAAUAUGGUUGGGUCAGGAAGUUUUGGUACUGUGUUUAAGGCAUUACUUCCAGCAGAGAAAUAUGUUGUUGGGGUGAAAGUUCUAAACAUGCAAAAACAUGGAGCGAUGAAGAGCUUUAUGGCAGAGUGUGAAUCCCUCAAGGACGUAAGGCAUCGUAAUCUUGUGAAACUUUUGACGGCUUGUUCGAGUAUUGAUUUCCAAGGAAACGAAUUCAGGGCUCUCAUCUAUGAGUUCAUGCCGAAUGGAAGCUUGGAUAUGUGGCUGCACCCAGAAGAAGUGGAAGAGAUUCGUAGACCCUCAAGAACCUUGACACUUCUUGAAAGGCUCAACAUUGCCAUAGACGUGGCUUCAGUUUUAGACUAUCUUCAUGUUCAUUGUCAUGAGCCUAUAGCUCAUUGCGAUCUUAAGCCAAGCAACGUCCUCCUAGACGAUGAUUUGACUGCUCAUGUUAGUGAUUUUGGUCUAGCUCGACUGCUCCUCAAAUUCGACCAAGAGUCCUUCCUCAAUCAACUCAGCUCCGCUGGCGUGAGAGGAACCAUCGGUUAUUGCGCACCAGAAUAUGGAAUGGGAGGACAGCCAUCAAUACAAGGUGAUGUGUAUAGCUUUGGGGUUCUCCUUUUGGAAAUGUUCACUGGAAAAAGACCAACUAAUGAGCUAUUUGGCGGAAACUUUACCCUACACAGCUACACCAAGUCUGCGUUGCCGGAAAGAGUAUUGGAUGUUGCGGACGAAUCCAUUCUUCACAUCGGUCUCCGAGUCGGUUUUCCAAUUGUUGAGUGCUUGAAAUUUUUUUUCGAGGUGGGACUUAUGUGCUGUGAAGAAGUUCCAAGCAACCGGCUGGCAAUGAGUGAAGUUCUCAAGGAAUUAAUCUCAAUCAGAGAGAGGUUCUUCAGAGCCAGAAGGACAGCUGGACGUUGAAGCGAUUAUGGUUUCCCCUAUAAACUUCGCAGUCUUUGAAAUAAAGGCUCACUCUGAGACCUAUAUAAUAUCGUCUUCAUCAUUUGGUUUUCAUUUUUUGUCUAUGCAUACAAAUUUAUGGUGUGGAGAAUAUUGUCAAGCAAUAUGCUCUGUUAUUUUGUAAUCAAACUAUGAAAGUUGUGUUUUGAGCUGUUUAUAAUUAAUAAUUCUCCACUUUUGCUACUAAUAGUAGUUCCUAAGUUUAUUAA